AUACAAGUGGAUGAACAAACAGUUAAAUUUGGAUUGAUAAGGAAGGUAUAUAUGUAUAUACAUUUAUUUAUAUACUUUCUAUUGUAUUGAAUUGAGAAGGGCAAGUUUCCAAUGCAGAAACUAUUCAAUGAAACGUAAGCGACUUGAAACUAAAAUACAAAGUAUAUUUACGAAUAUAGGCUUAUUUGCCGACAAUAUACAUACUAUAUGUAUAUACCAACGAAUAAAGUAUCGAAAUUUAUAAUUAAUGCCCGAAAAUGGAGUCCCGUAGCCGCACCACGAUAAUUGCCGUGAAUCAACCUGAAGAAGACUUGUCCCACGAGCGGUUUCGACCCAUAUACCCACAGCUGCUGCCAAUACGUGAUGUAAGACUGCAAGUAGAUGAGAAUGGCUUCACGACUCCCGAGAGAGCAGCUCUUCGUAACACUUGGCGGUUUGUUGAACCAUUUCAGCGGCGUUUCGGGAAGCAGUCCUUUUAUGCUUUUAUGACCGCUCGGGAAAUGGUAAUUGAAACUUUUCGCUUCGAUAGAACGAUUGAUGUGUCCCGUCUGCAUUGUCAUGCAAUUUGGAUGAUGAGAACAUUGAAUAAAUUGGUAAAUGUAAUCGAGUCAGUUACUGAAUUUCGUACAGCCUUAGAGGAGUGCAUUCCCGCCCAUUUGAAGUGUGGAGUGGAUUCAAAUUAUAUGAGGAUGCUUACAGACGUUAUUAAGGAUUAUUUGGUAGAGUGCCCAGAGCUUUGUAACAACGUCUCGCCAACACUAAACAGAGCACUGGAUCAUCUUUUCGAACUUAUUAGCAACUCUAUGCAUGCGGGGCAUAUGCGCAAGAAAACGUUAUCUUCCAUGUAUCUAGCAGUGCAACAAUCUGAGACCCAAGUUAGUGAUUCAAAUAGACCAUCGGCUACCCAAAAAGCAGCUUCAAUUAAUCCUGAAGCGACAUCUUUGUAGUUCCGAAAAUUGUGUAUUUUUCUCUCUCUAAAUAAUGCGGUGAUUUAAAAUGAUAUUUUUGUUAAGACUAAUAAACUACUAAAUUUAAGUGAAUUAACCACAAA